UCUGUUACGGAUGUAAACACUGCUCGGUUCACGUGGAGGGAAAACCGACUAUGGCCUCGAAGCUGGAGCGUUUUGUCAGCCCGGGAAAAGGCAACGGUCUGCGGGCGACAGCCAGGAACAAGAAGGGAGAGCUGGUGUACUCUGCCGAGCCGCUGGCGUGCUGCGUGUCCAACAAAUUGGCCAGAGAUGUCUGCCACCACUGCUUCACACGACGUGGGACCUUGCUGAGGUGUUCCCAGUGCAAGAUGGCUCGCUACUGCAAUGUCACUUGCCAGAGACAAGCAUGGCCUGGCCAUAAGAGAGAGUGUAAAUGUCUGCAACGCCUUCUACCCAGAAUUCCCACUGACUCAGUCCGUCUGGCUGCGAAGCUCAUCUUUGCCUUGUUAAGUCCUUCUAAGAGCAGUAGUGAGGAGCUCUACACUUUGGAGGAGCAUGAAUCACACCUGAGUUCCAUGUCUGAGCAGAAGAAACAAGGUCUCUCUCAGCUGGCAUCCAUGUUAGAGCUGUACUUACAACAGGAAGUACCUGACCUAGCACAGGAAAUGACAUCUGCACUUCCACCUUCCUGCCAAGAACCCCUCAGCCUUAUUGCAAAGGUAACAUGUAAUUGUUUUACCAUCAGUGACGGAGAGCUGCAAGAGAUUGGAGUUGGGCUGUAUCCUAGUUUAUCUCUGCUAAACCAUGACUGUAGGCCAAACUGUGUGAUGGUGUUUGAGGGAACGAAACUGCAGCUAAGAGCUGUUCGGGAUAUCAACCCUGAAGAGGAGCUAACUAUAAGUUACAUCGAAACGUUGUCAUUGACUGAAGAUCGACGGAGACAGCUGGAGGCCCAGUACCAUUUUACCUGCCACUGCCAACGAUGUGACUCUCAAGACAAAGACGGACUCAUGCUUUCAGGGCAAGAAUCAACCUGGCGUCUGCUGGAGGUGGCUCUACCUAGACUGGAAGCACUGAAAGCAAAGUCAGGUUGGCAAACACUGCUUGAGAGCUGUAGUCAUCUGUUAUCAACUGUUGGUAGUGACGUGCCUGAUGAAAACCUGUAUAAGCUCAGGAUGACCGACAUGGCUCUAGAUGCCUCCAUUCACCUGGGACAAUGGGAGGAAGCUGUGCGAUAUGGGAGGAAAACGCUUCCAGUGUACAGACAGUACUUCCCUGAUCCCCAUCCGGUCCACGGAGUCCAGCUGAUGAGAGUCGGAAAGUUGCAACAUUACCUGGAAUGCACUGAGGACGCUUUGGACACAUUCAAACAGGCCUAUCAAAUCAUAAAGCUGACGCACGGUGACAGGCACCCCAUGACCAGUGGUCUUUUGAUGAAGAUGGAGGAAUGUCGUACUGAGAUGGUUCAACAUUCAUCCAGCAGUCACUGAGACACAGCCUGCACUCUUGUACACCUUAGCUUCUCAUAGUUUUAAUGUUAUGUAAUGUGUAUUCAUCAGUCCCAAUCAUCAGAUUUAUUAGAUUUGCAGAAUGAACAAAAGGUCUGAAAGAGCAAUAUACAUUUUUAGCUUAAUUACAUCUGAUGAAUGUCAGUAAGCCUACAGUCUGUUUUUUCAUUUUCUCACAUAGUUUAUUUGAUGUUGCUUUGACCUUCAUUUUUCAUUUUGUAAAAACUGAGUGAAAUUUCUUAUUAUGGUUCAACAAGACAUAAGUUUACAGCAAUGCUAGCAGCUCUGUGAGGCUGUAUCUAGUUAUAAGCAAGUUUUGCAUGUUGGAAUGCUAAUAUUUGGCAUUUAGCACCGAACACAGCUGCUGGUUUUUGGUCAUAGACCAAAGUAUUACACAUAAUGAAAUUUCAACCUGAUGGUGGCGCUAAAUGAGAAGUAAAGGAAUCGUAGUUCAUCUUCAGGGGGACAUGGAAGUGUGUAGCAAAUUUUAUAGUUAUCCAUCCAACAGACAAUUUUACUAAAAACCACAGAUGUCAACUUCAUAGAAGAAAAAAAGUCACCAAAGUCAUUGUGAUUCAUAGUGUGGGCUCUAUAUAUGUCUGAACAAAGUUUUAUAGCAGCCCAUGAAAUAGUUUUUGAGAUAUUUCAGUCUGGAACAAGGUGGUAAUAUAGGGGUUUCAUAUUUUCCUCAAAAUAAUACAGCUUUUAUGAAAUUACAUAUUACAAAAUAUUGCAACCCAGGGAGCAUUAUAUACCUCAUUCACUAACAAUCCCUUUAAAGAAAUAGUUCAACAUUUUGGUUAAUAUGCGAGAGUGAGAUGAGAAAUUAUAUAUGAAUCUCAAGUCUGUGCAGUACUAUGGAGAAAGAGCUGGGUGCCGAUUAGCCAAGUUUAGCAUGUAGUAAAGUCUGGAAGUACAUGGAAACAGCUUGCCCGGCUUUUUCCCAAGUUUAAUACACAUACAGCCCACUACUUAACACAAUGUGUUGUUUGUUUAAUCUGUAUCUGAAGGUACAUUAAAAGAUCGAUUUUG